AUGGCAGAAGGAGCUUUGUUCCACCUUGCAGGAAAAGUCCUUGAACUGCUGGGUUCCUUAAUUCUCCAAGAGGUCAAACUGACCUUUGGUGUCAAAACUGAGAUUGAAAACCUAACGAACACAGUUUCCACAAUCCAAGCUGUGAUCUUAGAUGCAGAAAAGCAGAGUUCUCAUGGUCAUCAAAUCAAAGACUGGCUCAGAAAGCUCAAAGAUGUCCUCCAUAAUGCAGAUGACUUGCUGGAUGAUUUCUCCACUGAAGUCUUGCUGCACAAAGUGAUGACAAAAAAGGUACGUCUUUUUUCUUCAAGUUCAAACAGUCUUCUUGCUUUAAGUCAUAAGAUGGCCCAUGAAAUAAAAGCAGUUAGGGAGAGACUAAAUGCCAUUGCAAAAGACAAAGAGGAUUUCCACUUUAUUCAAAGUUCCCUUGAGCCACAAGUUAUGAAUAGGGACAGGGAAACUUAUUCUUUUGUAUUGGAAGAAGAAAUAUUUGGGAGAGAGAAGGAUAAGAAAGCAAUCACAGAACAUCUUUUUGAUGGCAAUGUCUUAGAGAAUAUUUCUAUAAUUCCAAUAGUUGUUAUUGGAGGAUUGGGGAAGACAACACUAGCUCAACUAGUAUAUAAUGAUGAAAGUGUCAAAAGCAAAUUUGAGCUAAAACUUUGGGUUUGUAUUUCUGAUAUCUUUGAAGUAAAACUAAUUGUUAAAGAAAUUUUGAAACAACUAACAAAGGAGAAGUUUGAAGAAAGCCUUGAGAUGUUGCAAAAUUGGCUUCGAGAAAAUCUAAAUGGGAAAAAAAUACUUGCUUGUCUUGGACGAUUUGUGGAACGAGGACAAUAA